ACAUCGAUAUCAAUAUGUCUGACAGCAAAAUAAAGCACGUUGUUGCCGAUUCUGGGGCAUUUAUUCGCAAUGCUCCACUUCAGAACAUUGGAUUAAAGAUCUACACUGUUCCAAAAGUAGUAAAUGAAAUCAAGGACAAAGCCACUCUACAGAGGCUGCAGGUGUUACCCUAUCAACUAAUUCCUAAAACACCAACACCAGAAUGCAUCAAAAUUGUGACAGAGUUUUCAAAGAAGACGGGGGAUUACAAAAGUCUUUCAUCAGUGGAUAUACAUGUCAUUGCUUUGACAUAUCAGUUAGAGAAAGAAAAUGUUGGAUCAGAUCACAUCAAAACUGUUCCAGAUAACAAGAUUGAAUGGACAACAUCUAAAGCAAUGCUAGAAAAACCAACAUCUAUAGCAGGGUUUUACCUUGCUAAGGACAACUCAAAAAAUAGAACCAAUUCAGAAUGUACCACAACAUCUGACUUACCAGAAACAGAGAGCCAAACAACACCAAAAGAACAUUUAAAUGACCAAUCAGUGAACACCUCUCAAGACAUAAAAUUACUGACUGAUGAUGUUAACCAAUCACAGACAAUUGAAUCAAAGGGAAAUCUUACCAUAGAUUCAACAGAAACCAGUGAGACAGGUGGAGAGCAAAGAGAGGAGGGGCUUACUGUGACUGCUGAAAUGCUGGAAGAGACGGAGGAAGAUGAAGGGAUUGAAGAAGAUGGUGAUGAAGAUGAUGAUGAUGAUGAUGGCUGGAUAACACCUAGCAAUAUCACCUCACUGAAACAGAAGAUGACUAGUGCUGAUCAAGAGAAAGUAGCAGUACCUGUAGGCUGUGUGACUACAGACUUUGCUAUGCAGAAUGUGCUGAUUCAGAUGGGACUCAAUGUGAUAUCUGUGGAUGGACUGCUGAUUAAAAGAGCAAAAAGUUUUGUUUUACGCUGCUUUGCAUGCAUGAAAAUUACAAAGGAUAUGAUGAAGGAAUUUUGUCCUUACUGUGGAAACAGAACCUUACAGAAAGUAUCAAUGACUGUGGAAGAGGAUGGCAGUAUUCGUUACUUUCUCUCUCGGCGGAAACCAAUCUCCACAAAAGGAAUGAAGCAUCAAAUACCACUGCCAAGGGGAGGUAAACAUUCUAACAACCCAAUCUUGACAGAAGAUCAACCAAUGCCCCAACAGAGGGCAGCCAAGAAGAAGCAGCACCUGGAUGUUUUUGACCCUGAUUAUGUGUCAGGACAAUCUCCAUUUGCUCUAAAUGACAUCACCAGUCGGUCAGCACAACUGGGUAUCAGAAAUAACCAGUUUAAUAAACGACAUCAGAAUUCAAACAGACAUGGAAGGCGAAAAUAAUAAAUUAUCCACAGAAAUUUUA